AGUAUUCAGGAAGGGCGUUUGCGUAAUUUCCGCAAGCCAAACCAAACCGGGGAAAGGGCUUCCUGCCUGCCGUAGGUCUUCUCCGGGCGCAGCUGCCACAACAGGCACCGGCUGGCGCGCACAGCCCUGAGCACAAUAGCGGCAGGAAAAGGCACCGGAUGGUCGCGAGAGAGUAGCAGCAGCCCGGUAGGGAGCUGAGCAGUGACUGAAGUCUUGCUGCCAUGGAUGAGUCGGAGAAACCGGGAGACAACGAGAGCGAGAACAACUCUGAUGUUGAGUCGCUGCGUCAACAGCUGAGUGAGGUGAAGGCGGAACUAGACCACUGGAGAGGCGUGGCUACCAUCUGUGAGGUCAGCAAGGAGGAGGAGCUAAAGGAACUACAGAACCACUGUGACCAGGAAAUACAGUCACUACAGGAAGCUCUCAGAGAAACGGCGUGUCAGUAUGAGUCCCGCCUAUCCAGCCUGCAGACGGAGCGCACUCAGUGGAGAAGAGGCAGCGCCACCGCAGCCAACGACACCAAGGGUGAGGCGGAGGCUGGCGUGUGUGAGGAGGAGUGCAUGGGCCUGCUGCUGGACGCCUCGUCUCUCUCCUCCUUCUCCUUGGACACCCCCUCCCCCGCCCGGCGGCCCCCGCCUCAGGACGACAGCGCAGACACACACUCCCUGGUCUCCACACACACACUCGUACCCGAGGCCCUCUACCUGCCCCCGCCCGGACACCGCCUGGUCACACACACACACUGGGACAACAUGCAUGCACAGGUUGCAGAGUUGCAGGCAGAGGUGAGCCGACUGCAAGAGCACAGGGCUGAGUUGGAGAUGGAGCUGGACACACACACCAAAGAAACACAAACACAGGUCACUGUGUUGCAGUCUCAAGUCCAGACGUCCGAGUCCCUCCUCCAGGAGCUGCAACAGUCUUUUAUCCAAUCACAGAGCUCUGUGCAGAGCCGACUGGCGGAGCUAACUCUGUCCCAUAAGAGAGUGUGUAAUGAGCUGUCCCGACUGAAAGGAGAGGAGCCAAAAGAGGAGGAAGCCGAGGAUACACACACACCUUACACACCAGGACAGGCGUCCCAUUCUGAGGAGCGUUUGCGUAUUGAAAUUGUCAACUUGAAGGAGCAAUUAGACACUCGCACGGAGGAGAGCGAAGUUCUAGAGGUCCAGCUCUCCAGUUUGAAAACUGAGACGGAUCGUAUACAAGCCCAAAAGGAGAAGCUGGAGUGUGACCUGCAAGAGUGCCGUACUGAGCUCCAAGGCCUCAGGGUGGCGCUAGCGCACCUUCAACAGGAGAACAAGACGCUCAACACAGACAAGGUGUCUCUGCAACAGCAGUGUUUGGAGCUGCGUAGUCAGACCAUCAGCUUGCGGAUGCAGUUCGACACCAGUCAGACUGUACAGCAGGACUUUGUACAGCUCUCACAGUCACUACAGAUGCGUAUGGAGCAGAUUCGCCAGGCCUCAUCUCUGGAUCAGGUGAAGGCAAUCUUGGGGGAGGAGCCUGGCUCAGAGGAAGCCCCGCCCAGCGAGAGCAGCUAGCCAAUGCUGAUUGGUCAGCUAUGCCCUGUGAGAGCAGCUAGCUAAUGCUGAUUGGUCAGCUAUGCCAGUGGCUGGCCACAUUUGUGAUGCCGAAUGCUGCACAAAUCUGUGCCGUGCACAUGUGCACCGCAUUAGAAAUUUCUAACCAAAGUGCAUUGUAAGAUAAUUUUGCAGUGUGUGCAUGUGCGCCGCAUGGGUUUGCACAGCAUGCGGCAUCACGAAUGUGCCCAUUGACUGACUGCGCUGAUGACCGUGGCCUGUGAUUGGGCCUCGCUGCUGCCCCCUCUGGAGAAAGCAGCAUGACCAAAGCCACUCCUGUCUACGGCACACUUCUCAGGACCCUCAAACUGGUGUGUGUGUGUGUGUGUGUGUGUGUGUGUGUGUGUGUGUGUGUGUGUGUGUGUGUGUGUGUGUGUGUGUGUGUGUGUGUGUGUGUGUGUGUGUGUGUGUGUGUGUGCAUCUGAGUGAGAGAGAAAUAGUAUCUAAGAGAAUUUGUAACAUGACCAACCAAUCCACCAGGGACCAGUGGUGUGUGUGUGUGUGUGUGUGUGUGUGUGUGUGUGUGUGCGUGCAUGCGUGCGUGUGAGACCGUUCUGUCACCAGCACAGUCCACAGUCUGUUUAAUUCUUUACCCCUUUGACAACAUUCCCAUAUAAAUACUGCACUCUCACUCACACACACACACACACACACUAGAAUUCCAUGUGUUCAUUCUUUUUUUUCUUCUCAGUUUUGAGAAGAACACUGUAAGGCUUAAGCCCUGUAUACACUACAUACACACACACACACACACACACACCACACACACACCGUCAGACAAAUGUCUGCCGUGUACUAACGUUGUUAGAAUCAUAUCUUGAUAUUUAAACUGCUCACUACCUAAUGUGAACCAUGUAACUGGCUACAGUAUAAAUCAGAUGCCUAUUUUAAUAAAUACCUUUACACUUCCA